AUGUCAAAGCUGCCUCCACCGCCUUAUUUCGACUACGAUACGAUCCUGCUUGUGGGAGAGGCCAAUUUCUCGUUCGCAAAGUGCCUGGCGCUGGAGAUUUUGAACCGCGGGGAUACGAUUACGGCGACGACUUUAGAUUCGUUCACGAACAUGACAGAGAAAUAUGAGGACGCACAGGAGAACGUAAAGGAGUUGGAGGAUGCGGGAGCAACGGUGCUGUUUGAGGUAAACGCUACGAAGUUGAGCAAGAUCAAGAGCUUCAAGGGAAAGCGGUUCUCGAAGAUCGUCUUCAACUUUCCUCACGCAGGCGCUGGCAUCAAGGACCAGGACCGUAACGUCGUGAGCAACCAAAAGCUGCUGCGCGCGUUCUUCGAAUCUGCAGCCCCAUAUCUCACAGACACCGAUCUCGGCGACAAGAAACCUGGUGAGAUCCAUGUCACCGUUAAGACUGGAAUUCCUUACGAUCUCUGGAACAUCAAGCGAUUGGCAACUGGAACCGGUUUGUUGGGUGUCAAGACCUCAUUCCCGUUUAGACCGGAGCAGUACCCUGGAUACGAGCAUCGUCGGACGAUUGGAUUCAAGGAGGGAGUGAGCCAGGGUGAGAAUGCAGAGAUCAAGGAUAAGAACCCAAAGACGUUUGUGUUUGUGAAGAAAACAGCCAAGGAGGCGGAGACGGCCAGGGAGGAAGAGACGGCGAACCUGAAGAAGAGGAAGAGGGCGGGCGAGGAUGUGUCGGACGAGGAUGAUGGCUAG